AUGGGCGCCGCGCGAUCGCAUAGUGGAUUUGGGUCGGCGCUCGGACUUUUUGAGAGAGCAGACAGGGAGGCAUCGUCCCAUGUUGGCAUUUCCAGUGCCGCGCUCGAAGCCCUUGCGAACGACCAGAAUGCCUCCGUCAAGUUGGUGGAUGCUCUGCAAACGAUGACACACAACCUGGCGAUGAUGGAAGCGUCGUCGGAAGGCGGCCUCGGGCUCCUCAUGGGACGGCCGAAGAUUACCACCAAGAAAGACCCAAACCUGGUCACCGUCCUAGGCACCAUCCUGUCAAACAAGACGAAGUUCGAGCUGCAGCCGCGGCUGCUUGCAUGUCAGUCACUCAACUACCUCAUCAAGAUGGACCUUCGCAUGUCGGACGGCAAGAAAGCGCAGGAUUGCAUGACAAUGUAUCUUGGUGUCAUGGACGAGAUCGCAUCCAAGCAUGACGAACGAGCUGGUCGUGACGACAGUCCCGCCACGCUGUCGAUGGAGAAGCACCUGGCCGAAGAAGCUACGAACGGCCUUGAAGUGUCUUGUCAUUUGCACCCGUUCGCAUUUCGGGAACUGUGCCAGCCAGUCCCCCUGGCAAAGCUUUUGCGUUUUCUGCUUUUUGCCAACGCACUCCACCUCAACGUGCUUCUCACGUCCUUGUCGCUCCUGCAGAAGGUGUGCCAGAAGGUCCAUUUUCACAUGAAGCCACCACCGCCGGCAGCUACGCUUCAAAAAGCGCAUCAUCACUCGAAUGACAAGCCCACCGCGUCGCCGACAGUUCUCUCCACGAUCCUGGGUGCCCUGGAAACGUACAUCGGCCACUCAAACCCCCGCGUUCAAAUUGGCGCGAUCAAAUGCAUGACGAUUCUGUACCAUCGCACGCCGCUUCACGACCACUUGUCCACAUCGUGCAUCCGCCAGCUGCUGCACAUUAUGGUUGCGCCGUCGACAGAAGACAGCUACGAUGCCAGCCGUGCAUCCGUGGCCCUUCUCACGGAACUCGUGGACGAGUCGACAACUGUGUUUACCACUCUCUUGGACCCCGACGUAGUCCGGACUUUGAUGCAGCAGCUGCCGCCGAUGCUGCAAACCGAGGCAGUAGCGACGUCGACGCUUCGAUUUCUGUCCAAGGUGACGGCGCGAAUCGGCCACCAAGCCUCCGGUGUGGCGAAAACGUCGUUGAUUCUGCACCGCCUCCUCGUCGCAUUUAUCAAAGCCAACGACGUGUCGACGGUGUCGGCGCUGCUGAAAGAUGGCGCCAACUUGCACACGACAUCGCCUUCGUCGCCAUUCUUGGUCGCUGUGACCGACUCGUGUGUGGAGAUGGUCCGGCUACUCAUUCGAAAGGGAGCGCAUGUGUCGGUGGAAGCACUGCAUGCCGCCGCAUUGGCUGAGCGGUGCGACAUUGUGUCGCUGCUGUUGCAGCAUGGAGCGAGUCCCCAUGCGGCCAACGAACACGGUGAAACGUUGGCACAAGUGCUGGCGAAGCACCCGCCCAGCCACCCUAUCACCAAACUCCUGGCCAUGCACAAUCGCGCCAGAUUCCACUUGCUUUCCGUGGACCACGACCGUGGCGAAGCUGACAGUCCCCACCACCAUCACCAUACUUCGCGCCAUCCCGACCACACUACCGCGUCGACGGACGGGGCUACGUCAUCACGAGUGCAAUCUCCGCCAGGUGACGUCCAUGCGCGAGGCGAAGUGCUCCUAUCCGACUUUGCGCGCGAGUGGAACGAUAUGGAUACGGAAGAAGACGACGAGUCGGAGCAUUUUGAUGACGAAGAAAUGCAUUCGGACGAUGACGAAGAUGAGUACCAUGGUAUGUACCACGACGAGUCCCAGGACGAUGAAGAGGACGACGGUGACGAUGAAGGCAACGAUGAAGAAGAUGACGAGAUUCCCAUGUUGGUCGAUCCCGACGACGGCGAGGACGACGACGACAGCAAACAUGGCGACGCAGACGACGGCCUUCCGCUCGUGGACAUUCGUCGGGAAGACGCGGUUGCGUUUACCCACGCGCUGUUUACGAGCCUCGUGCAUGCCGUGCCAUCGAUCGACAACAAGCAAGUGACAAACGCCGUCCUGUCCACCAUGGCGAACGUGCUCAUCUACCCCAUCGAGUUGGCGGACGGCGACAUCAACGUUUUGCUCGAGGUCAUCCACGGCCUCUUGAUGGAAUCCAACGACAGUACGAUGGAGGGAGAACAUGGCGCUCCAGACACGGACCUCAACGUGUACGCGAUGGUGUUGGCACUGCGCUUACUCGAGGCGCUGUCGUCUGUGAACAGCGGGACGGCCGUUGUCUGCCAGAUGGAGCGACAAGGGAUUUUGGAUCGAUUGCGGUCGUUUGCUGCGCAGACGCACACGAGCCCCGUCGACGCAACCGUCGCCUCCCUCGUCAUCGAGUGGCUCAACACGGGGACCUCGUUGUCUGCUGAUAUGCCGAUGGAUUUGAAUCCGAUCGUCGGCCAACUGAAUGCGCUAUGCGACGCGCUGCCGAAAAGCCCUUCGACUUGCGACACUGCAGUCGGCCCCGACGUCCUCGACGACCUCCUGACGUGCAUCGACGCCGGCAUCACGACGUACGAGUUGACCAAAUCCAACGUUGUGCCAACCUUGCUGCAUGCGCUGUCACUUCAAGAGAUCCCGUGGAAUCCCAAGCUGCAAGCGCUCGUGCGGCACUUGCAUCAAGUGGUUGGGUUGCAUGAAUCUUUGCCCACCGUCACGUAUGCCAUGGCGAAGGGAAAAGAAUUUUACCCGUUGACGCGACAAUUGCGAUGCCGCAUGCGCCUUGUCCCGAGCCAUGAGCAAGUCGCGCCGGUGCCUCCACGAAGCAUUCACGCAUCGCCAUUGACGUUGUUUUCGUCGUUUGAGCGGACGGUGUUCCGAUGCGCGCCAAUUUCCGAUCCCAAGUGGCUCAUGUACGCGUGGAGUUUGGUGGGCCAACCGAUUUGGAAACCUGUCGACGGCAAGUGGGUCGAAGCCGCGGUGUGUGGCUUUGACGCGUCGACGGGAUGCCACUUGAUUCACUUUCGCGACGAAUUCGUCGAGGAAGUAUUGCAAGAAGAGGCCUAUCGCCUCGUCAAGACGCCGUUGAGAGUGUUUUCGUCCGUGUCGAUGGAUUUGUCGCUCUUUGGAUCCACGUCGGCGCUCAAACGCCGCACUCCAGAUGACCACAGCAACAGUCCAGUUCGUCGCUCGAAGCGCGUCAAACGACGGAGCUCCGACGACGACGCUUCAUCCAGACAUGAAGACGCUGCGGCGGCAGCGCCUUCGGACGGCCGGUCACCACCGUCAGACAAAAGAUCGCGCGAACGACGAUUGAUGGAUGUGCUCAAGUUGCAAGACUCGACUACUCCUGGAGAAGGCGACAAAGUGUGGGUGUCGAACGGGUCCAGCAUUUGCGUGUGUGGGACGUAUGUGCGGAAAACCACGUCGCAACAGGUCGAAGUCGAGGUUUCAUUCGGGUCGCAGGUCAACGUCCCGUUGGUUGUGGAGGAGACCAACUUGGUGCCGUUUCAAGCCAAGGCGCGGCCGGGGUCCGCAUCUUCCAAAGACUUCCAAGGACGAGGCGGGGGCGGCCGACCUGUGCUGGAGCACCUGCGACGCCUUUUGGCGCGGUCACGACAUGAUCACAUCCAUGCCGACCAGAACGCCCCUGCCGUGGCAGGCAUCGGUGGUUCCUCUGAGACUGCUAGUGCAGCUAGUGGAACGCCGAAGAGAAAAGGCAAGCAGAAAGCUGUCAAAGCACCGAGCCCCCCGACGAUCCAAUGCGAAAACCAACAAUUUACGGUCAUGGCACCUCCGAUCGUUCGCGUCUUGCUGGGGUACGGCGACUACAGCGACAAAUCGGAGGACCAGCUGCACUGGCUCACCACCGACGGCGAUCACUUGAACGACAAGGCGAUUCCCGUGGCGCAAUGGUUGUUUCACGUGUUUGGAGCCGGUCAAAAGCCCAAGGUCAAGCCCGAAACGCUGGACGUCCCCUCGUUGCAGCACGUGUCGUGGUCGCUGGCUACAUUUGGCGCCUUUUGCAAAGAAAUCAAGCUUGGUCUCAUGUCGUCGGAAGUGUGGAUAAUGUUUUCCAGUCACUCGACGACCGAGACUGACCAAGACGUGCUGACGUGGACUCAAUUCUCGGCCUGGCUCGUGGCAAUUUGUAGAGAUGCACGGCACAUGCGGUGCUUGUGGCAGUACUUGGAACACUUGGGCUUCAAGACGUCGGCAUUCCUGUCGACACCGACAGCCCCGACGCAGUUGGCCGAGUUUGCACCGGACGACAACUUGUUUUACUGCUUGCACAAGAUCCACCCGACGCGGUCCUUGGGUCUAGUGCCUUGGAAGUGUGUAUUCAACGUGUUUUGUGACUUUUCCGUCCGCUGGAACAACGACGACGCAACCAAGCCGGCCACACUGAGCGAGCCGUUGAACGAUGUUGUGAUGGCAGAUGACGGAGAAACAAGUUGGGGACCGCCAGUAUUCACCCAAAGCGUUGGCUUGCUACGUGUGCUGCACGAACAAUUUAGCGCAGAGCUCGGUAAAGACGCUUGGCUGAACCCGCGGCUGUCGCGAAAACUGCGCAUGCAGCUGCAGGACGUGUUGUCCGUCACGAGCGGGACGUAUCCAGCGUGGUGCGACGAGUUGGUGCAGCAGUCCAAGUUCUUUUUCCCCCUUGAGAUGCGCUACACGUUGUUUCGCACGACCGCGUUUGGUUUUUCCAGGUCGUUGCAUUGGUUCCGAGACCACUUGGACCACGACUCGACCAACGACGAACUGUCGAUCUCGCCGCUGCCAAAGGAACGCGCCAAAGUUGAUCGUGUUGACAUCAUCAAGAGCGCCGACGCCGUCAUGAAGGUGCAUGCCAAGCGCAAGGCCAUCCUCGACAUUGUAUUUGUCGGCGAGCGAGGGUAUGGAUCUGGUGUGACGGCGGCGUUCUAUUCGGCCGUGGCGAACGCCCUCCAGUGCAAUAAGCCGUUGCGGAUAUGGGUGAACGGACACGAAGAUUCGAGCGGCGACGUGAUUCGCCACCCCAAUGGCCUGUUUCCACUCCCGGUGCUGGACGCCACCGACGUGCUCAAAGAUCGCUUUCGUCUCAUGGGUCGUUUGGCGGGCAAAGCGCUCCAAGACGAACGCCUGCUGCCGCUGCCCCUGUCGUCGCAAUUUCUGCGCCUCGUGCUUGGCGAACCGAUUGCAGUCGACGACGUUGCCACAAUUUUCCUCGAGCCCGGUCGCAUUCUGUUUAGUUUGUACAAAGCGUCCAAGGCGCUCGAAUCGGGCCAACGUGACGUCAUGAUUGAAAAAAUGCGGGCCGACGAGUGGCUCGCGACCGUCGAUCUCAACUUUGUCGACCCGAUCACGCAAGCCGAGCUCGGUACGCUGUCCGUCGAGAUCGCCAUAGCGUCUUAUGUUUGGCUCGUAGACGUGAACGGAAGUGCCAAGGCUGUCACGGUGGACAACUUGCAUUCGUACGUGGAGCUCGUGCUGCGGUCGUGGCUCGAUCGCGGGGUCGCAGCGCAAGUUGAAGCGUUCCAGGAAGGUCUGAGUGAAGUCGUGGCGCUGAAAAAGCUCAAGCUCCUAUUUGUGGACGAGCUGCAGCUCACGCUUUGCGGGACCGUCGACGUGGACUGGACGAAAGAGUCCCUCCGCCAGACAAUCAAAUUGGCGCACGGGUACACGUCGUCCAGUGAGCCCAUCGAGCACUUUAUCGACGUUCUGGUCGACAUGACGACGGCGCAACGACGCGCAUUUCUCCUGUACGCGACGGGGUGUCCCCACUUGCCACCCGGCGGCGUCGGGUUCGAGAAACUGAAGCCCCCAUUUGAAGUCGUGCGCCGCGUGAGUCCCGACAAUCAGCCGGUCGACGUGACCCUGCCGUUUGCCCGCACGUGUACCAACACGCUGCACUUGCCCGCGUACUCGUCGAAAGCGAUUCUGGCCAAGCAGUUGGAGUACGCGGUGCUCAACAGCAAGGGUGUGAUUGAUCGAGAUUAA